AUGGAAAUUAUGAACAUUGACUCCAAAGGCUCUCCUGAGUCUGACUUUUACCUCAAGAAGUUUAGAAACUUUAAGUUCACGGGAGAUUUGCGCCCCUGGCCCAUUACUGAUAUUAAAAGGGUGCCGAAACACAUUCCAAAACCUGACUACGCAGAUGACGGAGUUCCUUAUUCAGAAAUUGACCAAAAAUUUUCAAGUGCAAUCAAGGUUCACGACCCACAAACCAUUAAAAAAAUAAGAAGGGCUUGUUUACUUGGAAGAAAAGCUUUGGAUUUGGCUAACACUCUUAUAAAACCUGGUAUAACCACUGAUGAGAUUGACACUAAAGUCCAUGAAUUUAUCGUUUCCCACAACGGUUACCCCUCUCCACUUAACUACUACAACUUUCCCAAAUCCAUUUGCACAUCUGUAAAUGAAGUAGUUUGUCACGGAAUUCCCGAUCUUAGACCAUUGGAAGAAGGCGAUAUAGUAAAUGUUGAUAUUUCGGUGUAUUUGAACGGGGUUCAUGGUGACUUGAACGAGACGUUUUACGUUGGUGAAGUGGAUGAUGACUCAAUGAGGUUGACUGAGGGUACCUACGCCUCACUAAUGGAGGCAAUUAAACAAUGUAAACCAGGAAUGUACUACCGCGAAAUUGGUAAUAUUAUCAACGACGUAGCUGAUAAAUUCGGGUAUUUCUUUAAUCUAAUAUUGCCUAGACUAUCUGUAAUUCGUUCUUACUGCGGGCAUGGUAUUGGUACUGAAUUCCAUUGUUGUCCUAACAUACCUCAUUACAGGAAAAAUAAAGCCAUAGGAAUUUUGAGGCCGAAUCAAGUUUGGAGUUUAAAUAUGAGUUUAGGAACUUUCAGAGAUGUAAAAUGGCCUGAUAAGUGGACUGUAGUAACUACUGAUGGUAAAAGGUCUGCUCAAUUUGAGCAUACACUUCUCGUUACUAAUACAGGAGUUGAGGUUUUAACUAAGAGGUUGGAAUCUUCCCCUCCUUUGGGUUUUGACACGACAAAGUUUUAG